AUGGGAACUAUUGACUUAUUCAACAAAGAAAAAUCCCUCUCCAUCAUCAAGAGACUUCUUCCAUGGACUCUUUGUGCCCUCCUUCCCAUUUCAUACUUUUACCCGCUACCCUUUUCUCCGUAUCCUAAUCCUCAUCUUCCCCAUUUCCCCAGCAACAACAUCACCUACCAUUCUUCCCUUUCUGCUUCUGCUUCUCCACCUUCUUCUGCAGAAAAGGAAAAAAGUAACGAGGCUGAAUGUGACUAUUUCAAUGGUGAAUGGGUGAGUGACAGUAGGGGUCCUUUGUACAAUGACACAACAUGUGGUACUAUCAAAGAAGGCAGGAACUGCAUCACACAUGGAAGGACUGACUUGGGCUAUCUACAGUGGAGAUGGAAACCCAAUGAGUGCAAUCUUCCAAGGUUUGAGCCUCAAACUUUUCUCCGACACAUUAAGAACAAGCAUGUAGCUUUUGUGGGGGACUCUAUGGCCAGGAACCAACUAGAGUCCCUUCUUUGCAUGUUAGCCACUGCUUUAACUCCUAACCUUGUCUACUACAACAAAGCUGGCAAGGAAAACCAGUUCAGCCGUUGGCACUUUCCUUUAUUCAAUGCAACCAUUUCCUUGUAUUGGUCCCCUUUUCUUGUGCAUGGUAUUGAAAAAUCAAGCACUAACCCCAAUAACAAUCUGUACUUGGAUCGUGUGGAUGAGAAGUGGGCAAGGGACAUGGAUCAAAUGGACUUGAUUGUGUUAUCAUUUGGUCAUUGGUUUCUGAUUCCAGCAGUUUACCAUGAGGGUGAUUCAGUUUUAGGUUGUCAUUACUGUCCUGGUCUUAAUCACACUGAGAUUGGGUUUUAUGAUGCGUUGAGAAAAGCCCUAAGGACCACCUUUAAUAGCAUAGUUGAGAGGAGUAGAGGCAAUGGAAUUGAUAUAAUUGUCACAACAUUUACACCACAUCAUUUUGAAGGAGAGUGGGAUAAGGCUGGUGCUUGUCCAAAGACUAAGCCUUAUAGAAAUGAGGAGAAGCAGCUUGAAGGAAUGGAUGCUGAGAUGAGAAAGAUUGAGAUUGAAGAAGUGAAAGAAGCCAAGGGAAAAGCAAGAAGAAGGUUAAGGUUGGAGGCAUUGGAUGUGACGAAAUUAGCAUUUUUGAGGCCAGAUGGCCAUCCAGGUCCUUAUAUGAACCCUUCUCCAUUUGUUAAAGGGAAUGCAGGGCGUGUGCAGAAUGAUUGUGUUCAUUGGUGCUUGCCUGGACCUAUAGACACUUGGAAUGAGAUUCUUUUGGAGAUGAUAAAGAAGUGGGAAAACCAACCAAAGAGUGAAGACUGA